GGACUUUAAUUCUAUUAUAUCCGCCAUUCCAAGAACAUGGAAAAGGAAACUGAAUCAAUUUAAUGCAGACAACAAUAAUAAUGAAAUCAUAAACAAAGCAAAAAGAUCAAUAAAUUUAAAUAGUAAAGAAGCAAACAAAAUAUUAAACAAAAGAGAAUUUGAAAAAAAUGCAGGAAUAACAAAAUUAGAGGAAACUUUUAAUGAGGAACAAAUUAAGGAUAUAUUUUUACUUCCAAGAAAAGUAGUUGAUGAAACAAGAUUAUGGAUUUUUCAAUAUAAAGUGUUACAUAAUAUCUUAAUAUGUAAUGAGAAAUUACAAAAGAUGAACAUAAAAGAAUCUAACAAAUGCCCAAAUUGUAAUAUGAGACAUACGAUCAAACACAUGCUGUGGGAAUGUGAGAAAAAUAAUGAAAUAUGGACUAGAUUUAGUACAUAUAUGGAAAAAGCUGGAUAUAAGAUAAAAAUAACAGAGAAUGACAUUUUGUACGGACAUAAACCAAAGGAUGAUGGUUAUAUCAUUUUUAAUGCAGCUAUAUUAAUAAUGAAACAUGCUUUAUAUACCAGUUUUCUUGAAAACUUAGAGCCAUCAUAUUAUCAGUUUAUUGAGCACUUCAAAUUAUAUGUAGAAACUAAAAAUGUAAAUAAAAAUGAAGUUUGGUCUAACUUUUAUAAUAAAAUGUUUUGAAUUAGUAUUUUUGUGGUGAGAUAAUUUAAAUGCAACCCAGAUGAAUGAUGUUGAAUAAAUGAGUAAAUGAAUGAAAAUGAGUGGGUGAGUGAAUGAUGGAUUGAUGGAGUGAGUGAAUGAAUGAAUGAAUGAAUGGAUGGAUACAUGGAUGAAUGAGAAUAUAAAGAUUAUAUGUGGUAUGCUUCUAAUAAAAAGAUAAUAAUAAUAAAAGAGAUUAAUAGCAAUAAUAUUAAAUCAAAAAAUAAAAAAUCAAUCAUUUAAAAUGAAUCUGCAUUGAGGUAUAUAUGGGUA